CUGCAUCUCUAAAAAGGUGUCUUCAAAAGACACAGACCAGGAAACUGCUUACUCUAAUGACCGCAGGUCUCUGAUGGUUCUGAGGAAUCAAUUGUCUUCCAAGGUGAAGCUUUUCCCUGUAAGUGCAAUCUUUCUUUGGAGCUCCUGGUCUGUGACGUUCUUGGGAGAUUGCCGGAAUGGAUGAGAAGCCAUUCACCAUCAGACCAGAGAACUUUGUGUACAUCUCUUGCUUGAAUCCCAGCCAUGCCUUGAUCCCAGGACUUCUGCUUAAGCCAAAGGAGCGACCAGUCCUCAAUGCCUAGAUUCCAGUGAGGAGCCUUGAGACCCUGCCUGGGGUCUCUGGUCUACUGGAAGCUGAGAAAAUUUGGAUAAACCUAACGUUUAGAGGUGGCCACUGACAGGUUCUUCACGCCUGGAUUGUGGGAAAGUGGCAUCGGAAGCCCUCUCAGAGGCUCAGCAGCUGACUCAGGACACUGUGAUCUCUUCAGUUAAGGCUGCUUUCAGAGGGCCACUGCGUUAACACAUCCUUUCCAGGUUCAAGAGACAUCGAGCUGGGAUGCUGGGACCCUGCUAGAAGAGACCACAUCAUCAUCCUGACCACCCCUGUGCUGUCGUAGACGGAGUCUGGACUUGGAUAUAUCCCUCUCAGGUCAAGUGUACCACUGGGAACAAGAUCCAGUUAAAGAAAAGUGGACUGUCACCAAGCUUUGCAAGGAUCCACUAAAGAUCAGGGUACCAUGGGUUUUAACCUAAUGAUGCUGUUUUGUCUGGCUAUAUUCCCUUCUGUUCUUUCCUGGAAUCAAAACUGGAGACCCCAAGAUCCCCAGGGUCCUAAAAUGACCAGACCAGUCCUUAAGGCAUGGAAGUUCCAGGUAAUUGCCAUAGAAAAUCACAACAAGACCAUAGCCUCUACAUUCUGUCCGGUGACAGGAUGUGCUAGUACUAUAAGCCUCACCUUUGAUAUAAGGGACACUUGCCAAGGGAAAUGUAUACAGGAGUUAUACAAUGCUAUGACUUCUCCUAUAUAUAUUUGUUUUGUAUAUGAGCAAACUCGCUCAGACUGUAAGGACCCAAAUUAUGGAGGAUGUCCACACUGGGGCUGCAAAUAUCAUAGUACUUGGCCCAGAUGGGGAGGAGAGAGGCCAUCCAGACUCAACUCAGUUGAUUGGCAUACUAAGGUCAUGUACUCGAUCCCUGACCCCUGGAAUGACAGAUGGAGAACAGGGGUGGAGGGCCAUAUCUACAGACAUAAUGAGAAGGAUACAGGCUAUGACAGGAAGACUAAGAUACUCAUCUUUAGAAGUUUAGACAAAUUUAAACCUCCAAAGUCCUUGGUUUGAAUGCUCUAACCAGUCCAGGCACUAUACCAGCUCCUGGCCCUGUUGGUGAUGUCACGGGCUGACAUCACUUUGUAUUAUCACCACCUUUCUCUCUCUCUCUUCCCACUAACCCUACUUCUCUGAGCUCCUUUGAAUUCCUAAUGACAUAUUAAUAUCAGUAUACUUGCUAGUGAAUGUUACUAAUCCAAAUGUUAUGCCUGAUUGUUGGUCCUGAACCCUACAAAAGUCUCACACUAUGUAAGGACUCACUGUAAAUCAGAAGCUCAUUUGACCACCUCCUUUGCCAAUUGUCCAUGGGUGUGUCUUUCCACUCAAGCAACAAAUUUCUUCACGUAGGCCAAAUCCAAGGUGAGGGGACCUUUUUCUACUCAAAGACCUAUGAUAUAUCUAAAUCCCCCUUUAAGAAUAAAUGAAGAUUCUCCAUAAA